UAAAAUCGGAAGGAAGCCCCAUGUCAUUCUUCGCGUCCGACGAUAGCGGCAGCGUCUGGUCCAAGGCCGCGACCCUCUUCAACAUCUCGAGCCCCUUGGCCGACCUGCUCGACCGCGAUGACUUUACGCUCGAGCAAGUGCUUGAAGAAGACGAGCUCAUCCAGGAGGUGAAGACGCGCAACGUCAAGCUCCUGCAAUUCUUGUCGACAGAGGAGUCGGUGCGCAAGAUGGUCUACUACAUUACGCGCACGCCCGAAGACGGCGACAGCGACCUCAAGGCCAUCAAGUACCCGUUCAUGUCGUGCGAGGUGCUCUGCUGCGAUAUCAUGUGCAUCACCGAGACGCUCUCGACCGCGGCCGACGGCGCGAUUGUCGAGGACUUGUUCAAGCUCCUCCAGCAGCCGUCGCCGCUCGACUCGCGCCUCGCUGGCUACUUUGAGAAGGUCAUUUCGCUGCUCAUGAUCCGCAAGCCGCAAGAGAUGACGACGCUCAUGAACAAGAACGCGGACGGGCUGUUGCAAGGGUUUAUGGCCCACACGCUCUCGUUCUCGAUCGCCGAGAUGUUCAAGCGCCUCAUGCAGCCCUACCAUUCGGAUUACUUGGACGACGUCGACUUUACGCACCCGUAUGCGUCCAACAACUGGUACUCCUCCAACGACGACGACAGCAUCAUGGGCACGCCGGAGGCCAAGAAGACGCUUUUGUGGCAAUCGGAUCGCCAUGUCAUCGACUACCUCGUCGCGAAUCUGAAGCCGACCAAGGACAUCAAUGGCGAGACGGUCGCUGUCGACAGCGACGUUCACAAGCACACGGCCGAAAUCUUGGCCGACAUCAUCCACUAUGGCACGCGGUCGAGCUCGGACACGUCCAGCCCGCCGUCGGUGACCCUCGUCGAGCACAUUGAAACGAAGGAAGUCAUCGACUCGAUCCUGGACCUCGCGCUGCCAGUGGGGACGCCGGUCAUGUCGUCGAUGACGUCGGCGCUCACGGUGCUCUCGGCGCUCUUGACGCGUCAUGCCAACGCCCACUACAGCUCGACCACGCCCGAGACGGUCUCGGUGGUCAUCUCUGCGACGGUCGAGCGCCUUCCCCAGAUUUGCAGAGCCCUCAAGGACGACGCGGGGACGCGCGUCAACACCAAGCACCAAACUGUGCCGCGCUUGGGACUUCGCCGGCUCAAGCUCGUCGGUCUCUUGGUGCUGCUCAUGCAAGCCAAGUACCGAGUCAUUGACGCCGUGAUUCUCGCCGAGAAUGCAAUCUGCACGUGCUUGGACCUCUUUUUUGAGUUUGAGGCCGUCAACAUGCUGCACGCCGAGAUCGACAGCAUGGUCAUUGGCAUCCUUGCCAGCGGCGGCUCGGACCUUCAGGUCGGCCUUCUCAAGCAGUCGAACCUCCUCGGGCGCAUCAUGCAGACGUACGAAGAGAACGCCGAGGUCACGAACGGCAAUGCGAAGGGCUACAUGGGCCACUUGCUGCGCAUCUCCAACAUGAUUACGACCGUGACGGACGAGGUCCGCGGCACGGACGCACGCGGCUCGCUCAACGAUAUGACGCAUGCCGACAGCAUCGUCGACCACCUCGAGAGCGACCCGCUCUGGCCCAAGUGGGAGGCGUUUGUCAAGACAACGCUGAGCGCCAUCAACGAGAAGGAAAGCCAUUCGAUCCACGGUGUCAUGUCGGAGCCCGACGUCGAUCCGUACAGCACCAUGAUGCAGUUUGACCAUCAGUUUACGUCGUCGCAGUUUGCCGAUAUGAUGAUGGAGCAGGGACAUCACUCGUUUGAGACGGACUUUGACCUGCCGCAUGACAACGACCCGCCGGCCAUGAUCCACGACAGCAGUAGCAGCGACGAAGACGAAGAUUUCACAGAGUUUGACCCGCGCGCGGCGUACGGCAUGAGCGCCGGCAUCCCCGUGCUCUCGUCGGAUGACGACGACGACGCGAUCAUGCCGUCGGGCUCGCACACGCUCAACGACGCGUCGUGGGCCAACUUUGAGUCGCUUAGCGUCAGCGACAGCGCCCCGCCAGUGGUCGAAGACUUUGCGUCGUUUGACGCGCCGCCGCCAAGCCCGUCAUCGACGUGAGCACGGUAGUACAACGUAUGUAGGACGUCAGGACUUGUUUUCGCUUUAUAAACAUUGGCAUGCUUCCAUGCCCUGCGUGAUGAUGA